AUGGCAGAUUAUUCUCAAUACCAGGGACCUAAUCCCGACUGGGAAGCAUUUACUCAGACGGCCGUGGUGCCCCCAGUAGGCCUAAAUGCAGGGGAAAGUCCAGAAAACUACCGAUUGGCAAGAAACUCCCUCCGAGCAAGUGCUUCAAGGAUAGAACUGGAAAGCGAGGGGCUUGCGGAAAAAGUCAGCUGGGACGACACCGAAAUCCCAACGCGCGAUAACUCUACCAUAUCCGCUCGAAUCUACAGGCCAAGGGAUGAUAUCGCCGAUUCCACGCCUCUCCCCGUAUAUCUUUUCUUCCACGGCGGUGGCUACCUUUUCGGAGGCAUUGAUACAGAAAAUGCGACUUGCAGCCGCCUCAUCGCAUCGGCCUCUUCCCCUCUAAUCGUGGUCCAUGCGAGCUAUCGCCACACACCGCAUUUCAAAUAUCCCACUCCACAGAAUGACGCCUGGGACGCGUUUCUCUGGCUGACGAGAAAUAUUUGUUCCCUGGGUGGCGACUCGAACAGGGUGGUCGUCGGCGGGAUAUCUUCCGGCGGCGGACUUGCAGCCUCUGUUGUACUGCGCGCACAGGAAGCAAAGCUCCCUGUUGACCAGGGGCUGUGCAUUAUCGGCCAACUGCUGAUGAUUCCGUGGCUCAUACCUACAAAGACUUACCCUUUUCACCUUCUGAAGUCGCCAGACAUCUCCAGCUACGUGCAAAAUAUACACGCCCCCAACCUUCCGCGAAAGCAGCUGGAGAUGUUCGUGGAUCUUCUAGAUGCCCCGGAUUCCUGUUUCGCAGACAGGCUUUUGUGUCCCCCAUUGGCGCCGAACCAGAAGCUCAAAGGCCUACCCAAGACGGCCGUCGUUGUUGCUGGGAUGGAUCCUCUGAGGGACGAAGCACUGUUAUAUGUGGACAAGUUGACAGAUAAUGGGUAA